AGACCAGGAGAGUUGUUUCCUUUCUAGAAUCUAUUUUUUGGUUUUGUUUUUCGAAGUGAGACUAAUCCGCCUUUGAAAUUAGUUCCACCAGAAAAAUAAAAUUAACUAAUUAAUUAAAUUCAAAGGGCAGUUGAAUAUUGCUAGCUACUAUUAUUUCUAAGAGCAUAAAAAAGAAGAAGAAAAUAGAAUACAGGGUAGAGUAUUGAAAGAGGUUUGAUUGCUGUUCUUUUUUGUUUGGGUGGUGAAUUCGGUGUUUGGGAGGAGGUCGGUGAAGAUCGAUCUCCGAUACCAGAGAUGAUAACUCGCUCUAAACUCGUGGAGCAACUCAGAGAAUACCAGAUCCGAUCCCAGCAAAAAUUCUCAGCUCUAACUGUCUUCUCUCCCAAACCCAAUCCCACUUCAAGGUAUGACAUCACAGUGGCUAUCAUUUGGGCCUUAGUAUUCACCAUGCUUGUUGUGUCAUCGUAUCUGGCCCUGUAUUUCAGGCACUUUCGGCUUUCUUUUGCCAUCCUAUGCUUGGGCGUCUUUCUUCCUUUAAGGCUGAAAAUAUCUAGGCAUACACUGGCUAGAAGGAGUAGGGAGAGGAAACUGUUAUUACCCUUGUCCAUGUGACCAUUGAGAGCAGUAAAUUUGCAGCCAUAUAACUUGGAGAAAGAGGAUUAACCGCAGUCUUCAAUUCAUGUUGAACUUAAAUAUUUGAUGUUUCGGGAGCCUGUGGUACUCAUCUCAUCUUGGUCAACACUGUCUGUCCUCAAUAGAUGGUACAGUUCUUUUCCAUCUCUUUCACGGAGCAUAAUAUACAGUGAGAAUUUUCAAGAGUUCUUUUCCUUCACAUGUAAACAUAACCCAUAAACUCUAGAGGCUACUAACUGUCAAAUUUUCUCUCAUUAGUUUGUAACUACAAGAAGGUUAUACUUAAAAAAGAACUAUAGAUUGAGUUGUUGAGAAUUUUCAUGCCAAGGUUGAUAACCGGAGGCAUCACCAACUUGAAAGUUGAUAAUAGAAUUUUGGACAUAAACAAAUUAAACCCAACUUUAUUUCA